UAUAAAUACUGCAUGUCAUCUCGAUUCUUAUACCUGAACACGUUGUUGUGUGAACCUGAAAGAUAUCAUGAUGUGGUUCUACGUACUUAGUUAUUUUUUCUUGGCGCUAAGUCUGUUUGAUGUGGUUUCACUUGAAAACCACGGUUAUAUCGAGAAGAGGGCGCUGAGAGUCAGGAGAGAUGACGCUUUGUAUAAUUACUUACAAACUGUCCUUGAGAAUUUUCGUGCUAUCAUGAAGCAAGGGAGUUCUAACCCUAAAAUACCUGUUCUCGAUCCCUUGUCUGUUCGGCCACAGAAUAUUGAUGAAAGUAAAGGCAGUACCAAAAUUUCCGUCAAGCUGUGGGAUAUCUUGAUCAGAGGGUUGUCAGAUUUUCAGAUUAAGCAGUUAAAUGCCGAUAUUAAUAAACUAAAAUUACAAAUAAAGCUUAACAUUCCGAAACUUAUCGCCACAGGAAAAUACGAGUUAAACGGUAAAAUCAUCAACAUUUUUCCACUCUCGGGAAACGGGAACGCUAGAAUAGAAGCAAAGGACGUAGAUGUGGAAGGAGAAGCAACCUUAGGUUUGUCUAGUGGGAAACUAAAGGUUUUACGUUUAGAUCUACAUCUCCAAUUUCACUCAAUUCUUGUGAAUUUUGAAAACCUGCUAGGUGGUGGAAACUUUGGAGACCUCUUGAACCAACUGAUCAGCUCGCUGGGACGGCCGUUGUUUGAUAAAUUUGGUCCUAAGUUGGUUAACGAUCUUGAAGAUGGGUUGAAAGAAAGCCUAAACAAAGAAUUGGGAAAAUUCUCUCUCUCCGAUAUUUUGGCUGGUAAAACUGGCUAAUGAGGGGAAGGACAUUGGCUGGUAAAACUGGCUAAUGAGGGGAAAAGACAAGAGUGAUUCUCGAAGAAAGAUAUUUUUUACGUUUUUGACAUAUUGACAAUAUCCACAUUUUUAUUUGAAUAAUUCCUUGUUAACUUUUGUGAUGAAAAUAAAGUACAUAUUCCAAACUACG